ACAAUAUAUUUAAUCACAAAGGUUAUCAUCUGUCAUUAUUAAAAGUAGAUACUUAACGAAUUUUUAUUAAAAAACAUAUUUUUGAUUAGUUAAAAGUUAAUAUCCGUCUUCUUUCUUAUCGAUUUAAAAAGUUUUAUUUAAAAUUGAGUGAAAAAAAUAAAUACAACUAUGAGUAAAAAACAUUCGGCUUUAUUGAUUUGUUUAGGAAAUAUAUGUAGAUCACCAAUUGCCGAAGGAGUUUUCGCGCAUUUAGUUAAACAAAAUGGUGACGAAGCAGAAUGGCAUGUUGAUAGUGCCGCUAUCGGUGGUUGGCAUGUAGGAAAAUCGCCCGAUUGGAGAGCUCAAGAUGUAUUAAAAGCACAUAAUAUCCCAUAUAAUAAUACUGCCAGACAGCUUGUGAAAGAAGAUUUUUAUAAUUUUGAUUAUAUUUUUGGUAUGGAUGAAGAAAAUAUGUCUGAUUUAAAACGAAAAGCACCGAAAGAUGCUAAAGCAAAAUUACUAUUAUUGGGUGAUUUUGAUCCAGAAGGUGAUCGUAUUAUCCGUGAUCCAUACUAUGAUUCGGAUUCAAAAGGAUUUGAGAAAUGUUAUCAACAGUGUGUUCGAUCUUGUACAGAGUUCCUUAAAAGACAUCAAAAUAAAGAAAUUUAAUAUUGUUUUAAAAUACAA